AUGGCGAGGACGCGAUCAAUGUCUGCGAUCGCAGCCGCAGCGAACCAGGAGGAGUUUCGCCCUGACGAGGCUUCGAAGGGUUUGGAUGGAGGAAAGAGGCAGCUUUCUCGCAUGGAGGCAGGGCGGCAGAGCCCUCCUCCCAGCGGCUCCAACCCAGAGCUGAAACAGACCUACAUAAUCCUGACUUGCGUCCUGGCUCUUGUCGCGCUCAUGGCAUUUAUUUUCUUCACUCUGCCGCCUCUGUCGACUGUAGAGAGUAGAGAUAACAAAUUCAUCUGGCACCCGACAAAAGGGAGCGGAACGACGAUGAACGUUCUCGCUGGAUGUCUAUUCAAAGAUGUCAUUCCGCAUGGGGAGUACUUGGUUGCCCUUCCUUAUGCUCUCGGUAUCCCUACCGACCUUAUUAUCGCGACCGGGGGGCUGAGCAUGUCUUGGCAGGAUGAUGAUGGGAUCCGACAACCUAUUCUUCUUAGUCUUAUCCAUGAGGGUCUCCCAAUGAUCCCCGCAUGGUUCCUCAACAUUUCAUUACCGCUCGUGCCGAUCCCUGUAUGGCAGUUCGCCGGAGCAACUUUGAUCGGAGCUCUUCCUGCCAGCCUCCUAGCAGUGGAGACAGGAGCUGCGCUAUCUAGGCUGGAGGCUGGAGAAGACUUGUUAAAGCCAAGUGCGAGACGUCUGAGUGUCAAACUGAUGGACUUGGACGCGCCGGACGCCGCGCUCAAAGUCUCGAGGUGA